AUGUCGUGCGACGCGUCAUUGUUGGAUCUUGGAAAUGACUCAUUCGCGUUUGGAAAUCGUGAAGUGGUACAGCGUCACGAUGGGGAUGUCGAAAAUAAUAUUCCAUACAGUGCUUUUGCGGCACUUUUGGAACUCAAAUUUGCAGAGUUUAGAAAGGAGCUCAAUAGUAAUUUUAAUAUUAAAAUUGAUAGUUUAAGGUCAGACGUUAACUCAUUAACGGUUGAAAUAAAAGGGCUACAACAAAAUAUCAAUUGUGUCAAUGAAAAAGUGAAAGCCCUUGAAUUGGAGAAUGUAGACCUAAAGUCUAAACUGGCAAAAUGUGAAUCAAAUCAAAGCCCCGGUAUUCGAGCGCUGCAAGAUUCAGUCACCCGGCUGGAGACUGAAUUAAACGAUAGGGACCAGGCUGCACUCUCUAAUGACCUCGAGAUUUCUGGAAUCCCGGAGUUUAAGGAAGAGUCGGCCGUGCACAUUGUCUUGGCUACUGCGAAAAAGAUCGGGGUCCCAUUGGAGGAGUGUGAUGUAGUGAGUGUGGAGAGGGCCGGCCCGGUACGGGACGCGGCGCAGGCGGCGGGCCCGGAGUCAGCGCGCCCGCGCCCGCGCCCGCUCGUGGUGCGGCUGGCGCGCCGCGCGGUCCGGGACGCGCUACUCAAGGCUGCGCGAGUACGGCGCGGUGCUAACACCGAGGGAAUCGGCCUACCUGACCACACUGCAUCAAAGUUUAAUGUGCAUGACCGUCUUACCAGGAAAAACCGGAUUUUAUUUGGCAAGGCUCGUGAGAGAGGGCGCUCCGAGCAGUGGCGCUUCAUUUGGAGUAUAGAUGGGAGGAUCUAUGUAAGAAAGUCUGAAUCGUCGAGAGUGUAUCGGAUUCGGACUGAGAGUGAUUUGGACCGUGUUUUUUCGAUACCAUCCAACAACCCCAUUGUGUAG